AUGGUGCGUGCUUCGCUGCAUAGCAACCGCACUCAAACUUGCAUCAAGAAGCGCUGACGAGCAGUAGAACUCUCGCGCGCUCCGGCGCCUUGCAGCUGAUCAUGGUGCUCUGCACAACGAACUGCCGCCAAACUUCCUCUUCCCCGCCGGCGCAGCAACAGACAACCUCACACAGCUAGACAUCCUCCUCGCUGGCCCGACCUUUACACCGUUUGCUCUCGGCGUAUGGAAGCUGCACCUGACGAUACCCCCAAAUUAUCCUCAGCAGCCGCCGACUGCCACGUUUCGCACCCCGAUCUUCCAUCCUAAUGUCGACCCUCAGACUGGCGGAGUUUGUGUGGAGACACUCAAGCGCGACUGGGAUAGCAGACUCACCCUGAGGGACGUACUGAUCACCAUAUCUUGUCUGCUCAUUCAGCCCAAUCCGGACAGCGCCUUGAAUGCAGAAGCAGGAGCGCUGAUCCAUGAGGACUACGAGGCAUUUGCACGGAGAGCAGAGCUCAUGACAAGUAUACACGCUGUCGUGCCACAUGCAAUGCGCGCGGCGGUACAGGAGGCGCAGAACAGAGGCCAAGAGAGCAAUGAGGAAGAUGAAGAGAACAACGAUGCAGCGCAGAUAUCGAAAGCUCCUGUGCGACGGAGGAGAACAAUAGCAAAGGUGCGGGAAGGCAUGCGGAGAGCAGAAACCACGCCUACGGGGCCGGCAGCUCGGCGGCGGCAGCUUGCUGCGCAGGCAGGAUCCCUCGUAUAUCAAGCACGCAACGACGACGUGUUUGGAUCGCAGGCUCCUCCUCAGCGCACUCAAGCGAUGGAGCAGGUAGAAGAGGGAGAUGACGAAGAAAUGGUGGAUGCAGAGCAGGAGAACAAUUCAUCGAAUUCUCCAACGAAGGCCGGCUCGCCAAUGGCCGCAAUGACUCCUCGUCGACCUCGAGGCAUUGCAGUACCACUUGGCGAAUUGAUCAUGGAUCAAGAUGAGGACACGUCCGAGGAGAUGGAGCGAGAAUAUCCGCCGAGUCCACGCAAGAGUCCCUCAAAAAGCCCUGUCAAACGGAAGCAGACACAAACAUAUGAUUCAAACGCCAGCAUCCCCGAGAGCAGUCGCGAUGCCGCGUUGAGGGCACCGAACAUAACGCCGCCCAAUCUCACGGACAGCCCGCUGGCUGACGACUCCACGUUCAUGGACGUCACAUUUCAAGGGUCCAUUUCACCGCGGCGGAAAGGACGGGGCCUUUUCCAGGCGUCAGCAAAGCGGCCACCCGGUGCUCUCCAGCUUGGAUAUGCGACUCCGGAGAAGCGGAAGGGGCUCGGUAUUCAAAAGCAGAAGUCGCCCUCGUCAGCUGAGCGGAGGCGCAAGGAAGACGAGAAGCGUGCGUCGUUGGACGCAAAGCUCUGGGCGUCCUGCGGAGAAGACAUCAGGAGGUGGAACCGCGGUGACUUCGAUGGGGAGCCUUUCAAGAGGAAGGCCGCACGGUGGUGA